UUUUGAUUCAACAUAUUUUUGCCUUCCAGAUAACCGAAGCCAUUGAUUACCUAUGCAAGCACAAGUUCUUCCGCGAGGCGUGGGCCAUCUGCAAACUACGCAAAGACAGUGACGAUCCAAUUCGCGCACAGGUGUCCACCGAGUGGGCACAGUAUUUGGAAACUGUCGGUAACCUUGAGGGAGCUGCCCUCGUUUGGACUGCGGCAAAACAAUACAAAAACGCUAUUGCAGCUCUAUCCAAGCGAAAGGAAAUAACCGAACAUAUGCAACGUGCCAUAGAUGAACUGAACGCGAAGCUACAAGAAGCUGCUGAGUGACCUGAAAUUUUUGUUCUGUUUUACGUUUUUAUUUGAUCAACUUUUGAUGCCUGCCCACUGAUAUUACCGGGUACCAUCUGAAUAAAUAUUCUUGAACUCAA